CUUCAUGCUUCUUUUUUCCCUUAUUUUCCAUCGCUCCUUGAAUCCGUCUCUCUGCUGUGUCAUUUCUCUGUGACCUGUUACCUGUUACGACAAAGCGGAACGCUCGUCUGAAAUUGCCUCGACACUAUGGAGCACUAAGCUUAUCAAGUGUGGAUCAUCAGGUUCUCAUCUGGGCCGGAUCUUGCAUGUUUGACAACCGCAACAUAUUCGAUUUCAAGGCCGUGAACAAUAUUGACAACGAAUCUCACCUUUCAUUCAUUCUUCAGCAUGGCUACAACUCCGGUGCAGCGGACAAAGGAUAUGGUUACAUCCUCGACCAGCAUUAUGAGCCGGAGAAUGUAGUUGCAGUGACCAACGAUCUUGGGACCUUCAAUAUGCAUGAGUUCAAUGUCCUCGACGGCGGGAAGACAGCACUAGCUUGCGCCUACCGGAAUGAAUACGUGGAUCUAGGAGACCUUGGCCGGCCAAACGAGUACGGUUGGAUAGUCACGGGGGGGCUCGUCGAGCUGGACAUCGCGACAGGCGAGGUCUUGUUCGAGUGGAAUUCACUAGGAUACAUUCCCAUUCAUGAGUCUGUCAAAGUAAACGCCGACUGGCCGGCAUCCAAUGAACCUGGCUGGGAUUAUGUGCAUGUGAACGCGGCAGACAAAAACGCGGCAGGUGAUUAUCUGCUGUCUGCCCGAUUCACGAGCACGAUCUACUUGAUAUCCGGCGAGGACGGACGCAUCACUUGGCGUCUGGGCGGAAAGUAUUCUGAUUUUGUCCAGGAUUUCACCUUUUCCAAGCAGCAUCACGCGCGGUUUGUGGAUUCCAACGCCACGCACACGACUAUCUCUUUUCUGAACAAUGCGUCUGAUGAGGCGGAGAAAGAGGAGACGGUCUCAGCUGCGAUGUUCGUCCAGGUCGACACGACAACCAUGACGGCCCGCCUACUUGAUCGGUACGACCGGCCGGACGGCGACCUAACCAGGCUUCGUGGCAGUGUUCAAAGGUUGCCCAACGGCAACGUCUUUGUUGGUUGGAGCGAGCGGGGUUACCAGAGCGAACAUAGUCCCGACGGCAAGGUACUGAUGCAGGCUAACUUCGCAUCCACGCGCUUCUCUUCUUAUCGGUCGUACAAAUUUCCCUUCGUGGGUCGGCCUAGCCAACCACCGGACGUUGUGGCAUCGGUCUACGGGACAGACGAGACGGAUAUGGCAACCAUCUUGCAUGUCAGCUGGAACGGUGCAACGGAUGUUGCAUCCUGGAACUUCUAUGCACGCGUUGACCGGCAGGGUCUUCCGGUGCUGAUCGGCAACACCACCAAGUUCGACUUCGAGACCAUGUAUAUCGCCGAAGGCUACCUGGACUGGGUAUCAGUGGAAGCAGUGGACGGGGAUGGCAACGUUUUGGGCACAUCAGAGAUCCACCGGACGCAUACACCGCCGAACUGGCGCCUGGCCGGAUUCCAAGGCGAUGCGAAGCCCACGCCGGACGACCCAGCUAUUCUAUAUGGCAAGCAGAAGGCGCCAGAGGAGGACGUGGAAGAGGUCGAUGAGGCAUAUGAAAAGGCCAAGGAGGAGGCCAAGGCUGUCAAUAUGGCCAAUGAGGUCAUUCACGGGGUGGGUGGCCUACUGAUUUUCAUUUUGGUGGUGUGUUCCGUCGGCGGGCUCCUGGCGGGCAGCUACUGGGUGCUUAAGCAGCGUCGUAUGCAGGCAUACUACGAGGUUCCAGUGGUGGAGGAUGGUUAGCAAAUGCAUUGAUUCUGAGCGGGCAAUAUUGUUCUAGAGAGACAUAUAUAACUUAC